CCCGUAACCCAAUAAUUAUUGCACCGGAUCAUCCGCUUACAAGGCUUAUCAUCAGCGACCGUCAUUUACAAUUGCUCCAUUCUGGUGUGGAACACACGUUGAGUGUUGUUCGUGAGCAGUUUUACCUCCCACAAGGACGCAGGGCCAUCCGGCGUACACUUGCAUAGUGUACCAAAUGUAAGAUGCUGCGUGCUAUGCCUCAGGCACCACGAAUGGCUAGCUUGCCAAAGGAACGUCUCGUGCCCUCCUUGCGCGUCUUCACGAAUGUGGGACUGGACUGCUUCGGGCCCUUUCAAGUUGUGAUUGGAAGACGAUCAGUGAAGCGGUGGGGACUACUGAUAACGUGCCUUUCCACCCGAGCCGUGCAUUUAGAAGUGUUGGACACGAUGGACGCCGAUUCUUUCAUCAUGGCGUUGCGGCGUUUCAUCUCCCUGCGAGGUCACCCUAGAAUAAUUUACAGUGACAACGGCACCAAUAUCACGGCAGGAGAAAAGGAGCUCAGGCAAGGGAUCGAAAAUCUCAAUUCGACGCGGGUGGCAGCAGAAUUCAUCGACCGCGGGAUCACUUGGAAAUUCUCCCCACCGUAUGCGCCGCAUUUUCGUGGUAUUUGGGAGCGUCUGAUUGGCUCCAGCAAGAGAGCCAUGCGCGCCGUUUUGGAAAACCGCUCGGUAACCGACGAAGUCCUUCGCACGGUUUUCGCAGAAGUAGCCUCACUUCUGAACUCACGGCCUUUGACCAACGUUCAAACUGAUCCGUCAGAGCCAGAGCCGCUCACUCCGUAUCACUUUAUUCUCGGUACCCCCCAUCCUCACCGAGCGCCUGAUACUGAAGAAGCAUUCGAUGGCCUCACGCGGCGGAUGUGGAAGCAGGACCAGUUCAUUGUGGACCAGUAUUGGAGACGCUGGAUGAAAGAAUACCUUCCGACUCUCAUCGAGCGAGAAAAAUGGGAAAGGACUGUCCGUCCUAUCAGAGUUGGUGACGUCGUCAUGAUUAUGGACGAGAAUAGCAGAAGGGGCGAUUGGUUGAUAGGGAGCGUUACGAAAGUGUUGCCCGGAAGCGACGGAAUUUUCCGCGCGGCAACCGUAAAAACUGAACGUUCCGAACUAACCCGCCCGGUUGUCAAACUUUGCUUCAUUUCAGGUUCUCGCGAGUAG